AUGGAACAAUGUUGGGAUGCUAAUCCAUUAAAAAGACCUGAAACUCGUGUACUUUUGGAAAAAAUCAGAGAAAUUAAAACAUAUUAUCAAAAUAAUCCAAACGAAUUACCUCAAUUAAUAGCAAAAGUAGAUAAAGAAAAAAUUAACAUGAAUAGUAAAUCAUUUACAAGUAAAAUACACAACUUUGAAAAUCUACCUAAACCAAAAAAUGCAACAGAAGAUAAUGAUAGUAAAGAAUCACCCAGAUUAUCCAAAAGAUUAAAAAUAGAGAAUGAUGUUCAAAAUGACUAUGAGAGAGAAUUUAUGCGACGAUCAAAUAUUGGUACUAAUGACGAAGCACAAAAUAGUCUUCAUUCAGAGCAAGAUAAAUCAGAAAUUCCUGAUGAUUCGAGUAAAUAG